AUGUCGGCCACCGACUGCGGAAAGCUGCACCAGCGUCUGGUUGAUACAGCGAUGAACGACUCCGCCGUCAAAGAACCACGGCCCCCAGACACCAUUAUAUUCAAGCCCGCCGACCUGACAAGAGGAGAGAAGUUCUAUCUGAUGGACCUUCUCACAUCCUUCAUGUCGAUGGUCAAGCAGAUGCCAGACGAUGCUCGCACGCGUGAGCUCUACCAAGAUUUCCUCGACUCGAUAUUCAAGCGAUGGACUUCGGACAAGAAACCCGACGGCCCUCCAAAGCUCUUCCCCCUUGGCUUCGAAGCAGUCGUUCAAGUCGGCAUUCUGCGCGACAACCACCCUGGCAUUCGGCCUCCUCCUGGCGUACCAAUGUCAAACCUUCCAGUGCCGCCCGCGCGUAUGGCUGGCCAACCUGUCUUCUAUGGGCUGGAAUUGACGCUUAAGGAGGGUGGUUGGCGAUGGUUCUUCAUGGACCGUCAGACGGGGUUCGUCGACCCUCAAUUCGUCAACAUGGGUGGUUUGGCCCUCGCUGAGGCUCGCAGACGUGUGAUCAGCAAGUACGAUCGCAAUGAACUCAAGCGUAUCACAAAGUACAACCUUGACUUGGUCGUUUCUGUGGCGCGGCGCCGUAUCAUGAAAUGGGCCAAGUAUGGUUCCGGACACGAGGCGCACAUCGACCCUGUGGACCGCCUGAUACCUGGCGGCAUCCAAAAGCUCGUCCUGGCUCGCGACUGGAUCUCACACUGGUCGCGCGCUGCCCUCAUCCUGACAAGCGAAAUGCCUCCUUCAGAUGAGGAGAUCAGGAUGCCCCCUGAUGAACCCCCCCACCAAUGA